AGUAUGGUUAUUUACCCUGUGCGGGGAUCAAUGCAAAAUGGCAGGCUGUGAGUCUCGCUCGGCGUCUCGGAAACACAAACUUUGACAGAAACCCAAAAUCUCAAUGAAGAAACGAACUUUUACCAGUGACCGAGUGAUGUGCAUAUACCCUAGAUUCUAAAAUGGCGAACCAAUUUAAAUAUGAGAUUCUCAAAAUAUCAGUAGCAGAGAUUUGCCAGACAAUCGGGUUCCAAGGCAUUUACUCGACCCCACUCGAUGUUUUGGCCGAUAUUCUGCACAGAUAUAUUUUCGAGGUCUGCAAGCUCACUCACAGAUACACCGAGCACUUUGGCCGAUCAGAGCCCAACCUAGAUGACCUCGGCCUGGCCUUCCUUGAUAUGGGGAUAUCCGUGGCGGAGCUGGAGGAGUAUGUGAACAACGUGGACUGCCCUCCAUUCCCGCACACGGUGCCGAAGAUCCCUGUCCCAAGGACUUCUAACUUGAACUUUCUGAAGCCCGGCGCAAGGGAAAUUCUCUCACGACCCAUACACAUUCACGAACAUCUCCCACCCAUGUACCCCGAGAAGGAAGAGGAAGAAGUGGACAUGAAGGUGAACACGAGCCUGGACGAUGUGCUUGGGGAAGGGUCAUCCUCCCCAAUGGCCUCCCCGCAGCCAGCAGCCAAGAGGUCAUCGGACAGUGAUGUAUCACCAGCCAAGAAGCCAAAGUACUCCCUAGAUGAUGAGGGGCAGCCCGUCCGUGAGAUCGUCAGUGUGAUGAUGACGACAUCUGGCUUCAUAUCUUCCGCUCGUGAGGGCAAACUUCCUGAGUCCAAAGUACCCAACAUCCCCAUGGCUACACCCAGGAGCUCUUCACCCUCUGCUGCCAGUGCUCUUAGCAAGAAAAAGCUUGCAGUGGAGAAGCUGAUCCGGCAGAAGAACAAUCAGGGUGGCCCACAGAAGCCUCCCCCCUCCAAGUCACGUCCUACCAAGGACAAAGGCCCCUCCAAACCUGGCAGUAAGCCUAUGAAGGUGCUCAAGAUACCCAAAAUGCCCAAAAUCCCCAAGAUACCCCAGGUGAAGCCUGGCUCCUCUAUGCCCCAGCCAUCCCCUGCAAACACACCCCUGGCUGCCAGCACCCCUGGUCCCCCAGUGUCCCAGGGAGCAGCUGCUCCUCUGCCUACACCGCCCAAGCUAAAGAUGCCCACACCUAAAAUUAGGGUGCCCAAGCCCCCAAAGACACCCAAGUCUGAGACCAAGAAGGGUUCAUCUACUCCCAAGGCAAAGGACACAAACAAGGACUCUGAGACCAAGAAGUCUAAGAAGGAGAAGGAUGCAGCCAAAAAGAAGGAGAACGGGAAGGACAAGGAGGUGGGCAAGAAGGGCAAGGAAGGCAAAAAGGAAAAGGAAGGGAAGAAGGAGAAGGAGCCCAAAAAGGAGAAAGAGUCCAAGAAGGAGAACAAGAAGGAAAAGGAGAAGGAGCGUGAACGAGAGCGUGAGCUAAUUUUGGCUCUGGCAGCCUCUGCAGAUGUGACAGUGACAUCCAUUCCGCCACCAGCCAAGGCACAGGAGGCGCCCCCAGACAAGUUGAGCAUUUUCAAGAAGAUCAAGCCCAAAGGGGAGACCAAGGAAGCCGACCGGACAGGUGAACGUGAAGUGCACCCAUCACGUGACAGCUCUCCAGACCUCAUGAUAGAUGAAAACCCUCGGAUGGCUCAGCGAAGGCCGCCUGAGGACCUGGCUGUCCUGGACAACCCUGUGCCUGCACUGGACGCCUCCAUGGAUGAGCUGGAUUGCUCACCUGGAGACUUCCCUUCCUACCAGGAUGACAUGUCCCCACCAGGCACACCCUCCACGCCCCGUACCCCAGAGCUGCCCCAGCUGGCCAUUCGCAAAACACCUGAGAAGUGGAAGGGCAAGGAGCGUGGCAGAGAAAGACGCCCCAAGAAGGACCGCUCCAAGUCACCCAAGUGUGGCUUCAGCCCAGGCCGAAGGGAGCACUCGGCCUCAGAAAGUGAGACGCCGGACCGUCCCAAAACGCCUGAGGUGGGGCUGCCCUUGGACAGCCUGGGUCCCCCAUCCACCUCCACCCCAUUCUCCUUGCCCCCCUUCCCAAAUGCACCGGGCUUCAUUCCCCCUUUCUCCCGCUUCCCAUUCAUCCCUCCCUAUGGUGGACCCCCACUACGGCCGGGUAUCCCCCCAAUGCCAGACCUACGGCUACCACCCCACACCUUCUUGCAGAGACUAGCAGCACCGGGCAGCAAGCGGCCACUGGAUGACGAUCACCUAGGCCUGGAUGAGCCAGAGCCCUUGGAGCGUCCCCUCACCCCUAGGCAUGAUAGGGACUUCAGCCCUUUGCCACCCCCUGGGCACCCCUCCCCCCUGCGCUCACCCUCACCUACACAGUCCUCUGCAACACCCCCAAGACCACGCACCCCUGCCCACCACUCCCCACCCCCACUUAUCAAAGUCAAGCCAGAAAAACCAGAGAAGUCAGAGAAGGAGAAGAAGAAGGAACACAAGAAAGAGAAGAAGGAGAAGGACAAGGAGAAGGACAAAGACAAGGAGAAGGACAAAGACAAAGCCAAGAAGAAGAAGGACAAGAAAGACAAAGACAAGGAGAAGGACAAACUAGACAAGAAGAAGGAGAAAGAAAAGAUGAAGACGGAAAAGAAGGAGAAGAAAAAGUGCAAGAAAGAGAAGGAAGAAGCUACCCCAAGGCUGACCAUGAAGCUUGGGGGGGCCAGCUCCCCCGUGCGCACCCCUGCUUCCCAGGCGCCUGCGGCAGAAGCCAGCACUCCCAAACUAGUGAUAAAGUCUGUGAACAAGCACGAGGAGGACUCCGGGCCCUCCAAGUCAUCGUCAUCUUCAGGGGGCUCUCAGGAUGACCAGCCAGGCUCACCUGAGAUUGCCAAGUUCUCUGCCCUGAUCACGAGGCCUCCCCGGAGCCAGCAGAAGAAAGGGGAGUCGCCCCCAGUGGUCCCCAUUCUCAAGAUCAAGGAGGUGCAGAGUGCAGCUUCCAAGCAGAAGGAGGCUAAGGAGACUGCACCAGGACAGCCCAAGGCCAAAGAGCCCAAGGAUGUGCCACCACUCAAGAUCAAAGCUCCUACCCCAAUGCCUGCCAAGGGGCCUUCUACACCCAAGGCAGCCCCCACGCCAAAGACGCCAGCUGCCACUCCCAAGAUGCCUGAGGAGAAGAAGUCACCAGGAAGCAAAAAAGUCCGGGAAAAGAAGGAAAAGAAGGAGAAGAAGGCAAAGGAGCCCAAGUCAGCAGGACCAGCCAUGCCUAGUGGAGCUGGGCCUAGUUCCAUGCCUGCCAGCAGCCUGGACGUGGCCCUCAAUCCUCAGGUGCCAGCCGUGCCACCCCCUAUUAUGUCGCCUCCCAUAGACACACCCAAGAGUAGCAAGAAGCAAGAGCAGAGCACAGGACUUCUCACAGAGACUGUUGGGCCUAUUGGGCAUUUUGUGGAUGACCAAGGGAAUGAGGUUUGGAUUUGUCCAACAUGUGGCAAGCAGGACGAUGGUUCCCCCAUGAUUGGAUGUGACACCUGUAAUGACUGGUAUCACUGGGUGUGUGUGGGUAUUCAGGUUCCCCCCAAUGAUGAUGUCAACUGGUACUGCCCACGCUGCCUCUCACAACACAAGCAGCGCGGGGCACCCCCAGACAAAAAGAAGCGUGGACGGAAGAAGAAAUAGGACAGUGUUAGAUGGUCUUCUGCCAUACGUUGAAUUAAGAUAUUUGUUAUUGUUGUCUUUUUCCGACUCAAAGGAGCACACAACUUCACUUCUUCCCCUGUAUGUUUCAUUGAGUGUCAUCUGGGCACCAAAGCCUGGCUACACUGGACUGGGGUUUGGGGUAGCAGCUGGAUGUCCUGUCGUCACGUACUGCCACCUCAGUCUACCUCCCAGCAGGCCAAUGUGGUGGAUGUGGGACCAUGAACAGACUCAUUUGCAUUCAGUGUGAGUGUGUGUGUGUGCGCGCAUGGAUGUGUUUGAGCACAUGCAUAUUUGAAUGUUCUUUUGCCUGGACUUGGUUUCUCCAUUCAGUUACUCAGUGGUCCUCUUGAUUUUCAUUUUUAUUUAUCUUUUAUUAUUUAUUUUUUACUAAUUCAUCAUAAUGUUCCUUAGAUCUUCCCAACCAUGUUCCCCUUCUACAUCCAUUGAUGGACUUGCGUAAAGUACAAGCAUGCGGCCGUGCUCAGUAAGAUUGGCCCAAAAGUUGUGAUAUGUAGUUCCCCUUCUUUGUUGGUCUCCCCCUGUUACACAGAUUUUAUAUCAUAGUAAACUUGUGACAAUUGAAAGUAGUUUGUUUUUUCUUUUUUGCUUUCUUUUUCUUCACUCUGUAGAAGUUGCAUUUGCUUUUAUUGAAAAAAAAAGGAAAUGCAAAAUUGUAAUAUGUUGCUCUUGUGAUUUUAAAGGAAUAUAGUCAGGAUCAUAGCAGCAAAAAAGAACACUUUGCACAACAAUAAUACACUUUUAUCCAAAUUUUGGUACUUAAGUUAUAUAUCAGUAGUAUAUAAACAACGAAAGGAAUUGUUAUUAUUAAUAUUUCUUUUAUUUUUAUUUUAUUUUAUUUUUUCCUGAACACUUCUAAUUACAAACUCUUGUUUAAAGAGUCUUCCAUGUGCCUUCUAAAGGUUCCAAUUUUAUUUUUAUAGCAUUUCCAAAGACUUUAUAUAUAUGUUGGAAUGUAUGUAUUAUUUCCUUUCACCUACUUACCCUUCCUACAUAUUAAUUCACACCCCCAAUUAUUCUGUAGUCUAUUUAUGUUAUCCUUGAUAUUUGAUUUCUGGUCCACUUCCUCCCCAAAAUAUAUAAAUGUAUCUUCCCUCUAUGUUUUUUCUCCAUCCCCAAUUUUCUUUCAUAAUUCAGUCAAGCUCAAUUUACUCAUAAGCCAUUCACAGACUAUCCCAUAACUCAAAUCCAAAACCUUGAUCCUACUUUACAGCUUCCCUCCCCCUCUAAUAUAGAAAAGAAAAGAAAAGAAAAAAAACAAUAAAGUUUUAUAUAGCCUUAGGAUAUGUUUUUAAAGUGAGAGAAAUAGCUGCAUUUACGCUUCACAUUUUUGGGCUUCUUUCUUCGUCUGCUGUUGCAAAAGUGCGGUGUCCCAGUCUUUGGUAUUUAUCAGAAUUGAGAGACAUGCCUUUUUAUGUAUUUAUUUAUUUUUCAUAUUUUUUACAUCCGAGUUUUGCAUCAUUAGCUCGACAACCCAGUGGAAGUCUUAGUCAUUUCAUUGAGGAA